GAAAAGGUCUUCCUGCUGGGCGAGUCGAUCGUCUCAAGUUUGCAAGUCUUCAUUUUCUUGUUGUUGAAACUUUGGCAGAAACGGACUGACAGUUUUACGACGGAGAGGGGUGGUGGGGAGGUCAAGAUCUUGUGCACUGUGUGCAUGUAGAGUUGUUGUUUUGUGUGUGCGUGUGCGCUGGCGAUGUAGCAUGCAGGGCGACGGCACCGGAGUUUUCCCUAGUCAAUAUUUGUAGAAAUCGGAGGACGCGUCACUCUCUUGUGUGUGUCUAUGCGUGCAACAAGCAACCGGCCAACAGCACACAAAUAACGGCUGGUCGAGUCGAGUUGGUUCAGCUGUUGAACGUUGACAAGAACGAAAAAGGGAGAAAAAGAGUCGGAAAAAGUGAUGGCGAUGGUUCAGAGAGAGAGGAAACCAUGAAGGGAAUGAGAAGCAGGAGAAGGAGAGAUUGCAACUGUAACCAAAUUGAGAAUUUGAAACCGUCGCGUACAACAAGUAAGUUGCUGAACUGUAGAAGCUGCGUCAUCAAGGUCUACUCCGGGCAUCAAAUUGCCACACACACUUAUUCAAAUAAAGGCCGCGGAAAUUAUAGAGGAAGGAAUGCGCUUCGACGAAAAAAAAAAAACACCACAAUCUCUUUUUUAAAAAACACGCCACUUUGCUCGUGACCUUGUUUGAAGCUUGUUAUUUUCACCGCUAGAUGGCGUGAGCUCACUACGUCGAGGCAAAGAUUUUGACGUUGCCCGAUUGCGUCGUCUGAAGCAAAUAUUUUGGCUAAUUGAAUUACACUCGAUCGUCAUCCGGUAACUUUGAGAAAAAUGUUCGGCGUUAAUAACUCUUCUGAUUCGAGAAGAUCCGAUAAGAUUCACCGUUAUAAGGCAUCGGCUUUCAACCAGAAUCAAAAUGGAGAAGACUUGACUCCUGAUUAUAUGAAUGUGUUGGGUAUGGUUUUCAGCAUGUGCGGGUUGAUGAUGAGAUUGAAAUGGUGUGCCUGGGCUGCUCUGUACUGCUCUUGCAUAAGUUUUGCCAGUUCCAAAAUCAACGAUGACACCAAACAGAUCCUCAGCAGCUUCAUGCUUUCCAUUUCUGCUGUUGUCAUGUCUUAUCUUCAAAACCCAACUCCCAUGGUCUUACCCUGGUCAAGUGUUUGAAGAUCAUUAUCACUGAAACAAAAAAAAACAACCCUAAUUUGAAUAGAUUGCCCAAGAAUAAACAUUUUGAAUUCCUUUUA